UCAGCCUUUGGUCCGGGUCUGUCACGUGACCGGGGUCCCCGGUUCUCCUGGGAUGGAGGCGGAAGAGGGGACGCCGUUGUGGCGGCUGCAGAAGCUGCCUCCGGAGCGGGGCGCCCCGCUUCUUCACAAAAUCAUUGAUGGCAUGUGUGGCCGAGCCUAUCCCGCCCACCAGGAUUAUCACAGUGUUUGGGAGUCUGCCGAAUGGAAGCAAGUUCUGGAAGAUGUUACCACAUUUUUCAAAGCUGUAGUUGGCAAAAACUUUUCAGAUGAAGAGACACGCCAGCAGUUGAGCCAACUGAAUUCAUGUCAUCAAGAAGCUGUUAUGAAAUGCUUGAAGAGUAGGAAAAGCGAGAUCAAGCAGGUCCUGCUAGGAGAAAUAGUUGGUAUUUCUUGUGCGCAGCUACAGGAUUUUGAUUGGCAGUUAAAGCUCGCGCUUUCUAGUGACAAGAUCGCCACUUUACAGAUGCCAUUUUUAACCCUUCAUCUGGAUGUGAAGGAGAACGGCGAAGUGAAACCAUACUCCAUUGAAAUGAGUAAAGAGGAGCUACAGAAUCUAAUCAGUUCCUUGGAGGCAGCCAAUAAGGUGGUCCUGCAGUUAAAAUAACUGGAAACGGUGAAUUUCAGUGGUCAUGUUUCACUGCUGCACCGUGGCGAGCGAAUGCUGUGUUCAAGGGUGGAUGCUACAGCAGGCCGAGCAGGAAGCAUUGCUGAGAUUACAGAGAUGGAAAUCUGUCAGCAGCCCUAUAGCACAGGAAAUUGUAUGGCUGAUAGGGAAUGCAUAAAAUAAAAGAUGAAAAGGC